AAAAAAUUUCCUCUCACUAGCUUCUAUUUUCUUUUUCCUUUUUGAAGAUCAUACAACAGACGUUUGCAAAGAAAUAUAUUGGUGACAAGCAUGACAAAGUUAUCCUUUGCCGUCCAGAUUUGGGAACUUGGAUUGUUAAGUGAUAUCUGUUUCUUUGAGCUUAUUAAGGGAAUAGAACCUUCGUUCAAUGUUAUCAUUAUUUCAGCUGAUGCAGAUGAAUAUAUUCCUUUGUCAUCACAAGCUAAUGCUACUGAACCUAAUCAAGUCCCAUUUUAUAAACUUUUGGUUCCUAAAAUUGAAUUUGACCAAUGCUGUGAUUUUAAUACCGGAAAUUCUGACUCUGAUAAGCAAUCCAUGAAACAAGGGUUUCAACCUACUGAACACAAAACUGAACCCAGUGGUUUAGAACUAUCAGAAUGUGGAAAGACUCAAAAGAGUGCUGGGUUGCAGGCCCACCCACAGUCUUCAAGUUUGUUGCCUUCACUCCCUCUUGAAGCUACUGAGAACCAGACCACAAAGUACUCCCUUAAAGUUGUUUUGAAGCCAUAUCAUAUCAAGCAUGCCAGUGUGGUUCUGCCAUCCCACGUUGUUGAGAAAUUUAUUAAGCAAAAACCAAAGAGCUGGAUGGUUCAGGUUGAAGAUAGAGUGUGGCAUCUGAAGGUGACACGCACUAAGAGCCAAACUACGUUGUCUGCUGGUUUUUCUGCAUUUGUAAAGGACAACUCUCUAAAAGCCGGAGAUACUUGUAUCUUUGAGAUUGUUGAAGAGAGUAGUGCUACCAUGAAGCUAGGCCUGGAGGCUGGAGCCAAUGAUGGGCCCUUUAUUAGGGUCAUUAGCUCCAGUCCCAUCCUCUACCCGUAUCAAAUUUCAGGGUGGUGGACCUCACCCAAUACCCAUCGGGCAUUGGCGUGUUGCAUAAACUGUGAAAAAGAAAGCGAAGGAGCUGUUUCAGCUAUGAAAUCUACUGGGCUUGGAGGUCAAGGAUGCAAGGAAUUUACUUCAGAUACACCGCAUUUUUUCAAGAUAAUUCUUGAUGAUGCUGACAGAUGUGAAAAACUAAAAAAUGGCUUCUUGAGGAUUCCAAAGCAGUUUGUAAAAAGAUUUGGAAGUGAUAUUUCAAGCCCAGUGUUCCUUAAGGUUCCUAGUGGAGCAGUGUGGAGAGUAGAAUUACAAACGUGUGCUGAUGAUACAUGGCUGCAUAAUGGCUGGCCAGAAUUUGCAACACAUUAUUCUCUUGGUUAUGGAUCCUUAACUGUUUUCAGAUAUGAAGGAAAUUGCCAUUUCCAUGUGAUCAUAUUUGAUAGGAGUGCUUCAGAGAUAGCAUAUCCAUAUCGUAGAACUCAUGGUAGGGUUCAUAAUAAUGGUGAUUCUCAAGAUCCUAAGAUGGAAGAUGAUGUAUCAGUUGAAAUAUUGGAUGACAUUCCACCAUCCAAGAAAACAAGAGUGAGAUCACCAUCACCAAGCAGUCAGCCUAAUAAGAUGUUGAGAUCCACUUCAAAUAUCAGACCUCCUGAAAUCAAUUCCAGAAAGGUUAAGUAUGAUAUCCCAGAGCCAGAAUUUAAUGCUAAACAAAUUGUUAAACACCCACAAGUGGAAGUUUGGAGAAGGAAGCCAACAUUGGGACAAAAGAAGAAAGCAGAAGCCCUUCUGCGAGCCAGUUCAUUCAAAUCAAAAAAUCCCUUCUUUGUGGUUGUGAUGCAGCCAUCAUAUAUUAUUGGUAAAUGUAGACUGUUUAUCCCAACAGACUUUUGGAGGAACUAUUUUCCAAAGCACAAUGGUGAGUCAAUCCGUUGCAUCUGUGAUGGGAAGACUUGGUCUGUUGUGUACUCUGGUGGGGUCAGUCCUAAACUUGGUGGUGGUUGGAAGAAAUUCGUGAAGGAAAAUGAUUUGAAAGUUGGUGAUGUUUGUGUCUUUGAGCUGAUCAGCAAGACUAAGAUCACAUUUAACGUAGCCAUCUUCCACAGGGCUCAAGAUGGAAAAAUUGGCCAAUCACCAGCAAAAGGCAGGUCUGGUACUGCUCAAAAAUGCCAUAUACCCAAUGUUGCUCCUAGAAAACAGGCACUGAAACCAACUGAAACAGCUAGAGCUCCUCAAAUAUUCACUUCAUUCAAAUCCGAAAACCCCUUUUUUGCAGUCACCAUUCAUCCAUCAUACGUUCUUUCUAAUGUGACUGUGUCGUAUUCCUUUAUGAAGGAACACAUUGAGCAGAAUGCAAAAAAUGUGAAACUUCAAGUUGGUGAUAGAUUAUGGCUUGUUAAGUUGUUAAGACAUUCACAGUACAAGAAAGCAGCGCUCUCUUCUGGUUGGCAAAUAUUUGUAAGAGAGAAUUCUGUGGUGGUUGGAGAAGUGUGUGUGUUUGAGCUGAUAAAUAGGGAGGAUGCUGUACUGAGAGUGCACAUUUUCAGAAAAUCUGCCGUGUAAAUGAUGCUUUUCAAUAGCUAGCUAGUUCUUCUUUUUGUUGGCAGAAGACAUUUGAGUCAGAGGUGUUUGUUUUGUGUGUGUGUGUGUGUGUUUGUUUUUUUCUUUUUCUAAUUGUUCAAAUGCUUCUCCCUUUUUUUUUUUAAAUAUCGUUCAAAUGCUUCUCCAAUUUUUUUUUUUUCAAAUGUCAUAUUGCUCAAUGAAUGAAAAACAAAUCAUUUU